GCUUCAUGACAGACAUCGCCGAGAAGGCUUUUGAGACCCAACAUCCUCCGCAGGCGCAUCUCUGGCCUCCGAGCACAUGUAGCGAUCUCGUCGCUGCUCCGCCCCUCGACUACUGGAGCAUACUUAGCGCUACGACAUGGCAGAGAUCGACCACAGCACACCCCAGACGAUAGCGACAACAACGACCAUAGGAUCACCGAGCGCAACCUACACUCUUUGACUGGAGGAACAAGCAUCUUGAAACUUUUGGAAUAGCGAACCAUCAGGAUACAUAUACGAGGAAAGAUCGCGUCAAGCACACCGUCAGGCGCGUGAUGGCCGCCGUUGCGCACCCGUCGCGUUCGGCGAUGCGUCGCAACUCGCCCUUGUCUGGCUUUGGGCCCAAUGGCUUCUCAGCCGACGCGCCCAUGAUUAAACGAAUCGAUGUCGGGAACGAUAGCGACUCUGACGACGAGCCUCCGCCGGCCAUCAAGUUUUCGAAGGUCACACAGGCUUUGUUGGCAGAUGCCGGCGUCCCAUCUUCUCCACCACGACAACCACAAGGGAGCGACAUGCCACGCUUCAAUCGCUCGACAAGCGCUGGGACCGCCGGAUUAGACACUCCUAGUAGGGCCCCUGGCCUCAAGGUUGUACGGCGGAGUUCUCCACCCACCGCCCAUGACCAACAAGGUCGGGGCACCACACCUCAGAGGGUAGUGCAUCUGGGCUCAUCGAAGGGGCCGACAUCCGCGAAACGGUCUACCAGCGUUUCCGGACCGUAUCAGUACCGUACAACGAAACGAGACCCGACACCAGAGACACAUGUUAGACCUGAGAUUGUCACUCCAGCUCCCGCACCACGUGCGAUCCGGGUCGUGACCCGUUCGAGGGCUGGAAGUAAUGCAUCACAGGACGACCCAGGACAGCACGUUGCUUCAGCUAGCAGGCCAGGCUCUCGUAAUGGCUUCAGAGCCGUGCCAGAUACGAAUGAAAGAAUGAACUACAGAUCAGAUUUAGCGCGCAGCACUUCGACUCAGAUUGCACCGGAUGCCACAUCGCGAUAUGGGGCCUCCACAGCAGCAAGAUCGCGCAACAUCUCGGCCGAAGCUGCAGUACCGCCUGGGUCGACACGAAUAAAACGAGCGCCGAUGACUGGCUCCUUUCUGAAAAGUGGACCGAUACGCCGCGGCUUUAAACGCAGAGACAGCGAGGAGAACGGCUCUGCGAACGAAGAUGCACCACAUGGCUCUUCUUCUCAACCGAGUGCUGCAUCGUACACUCCACAAGAUCGAAGUACUCCUCGGCUAGAGGAUGCCAGAAGCAGGAGCGGUAGCGUGAAUGGUCGCGCGACCUCAGUAGAACCUGUCUCCGUACACGACUUUGCCCACCGCAGUCAGCCAUCGCAAGAAUCACGGCCGCCGUCUCGACAGGCACGGCCUCAGUUCUCACGAAGCCACAUCAGCAACGAGUCAGGAUCUGCUUCACGUCAGACAAGCCGCGACACAUCUCGAAAUAGGCAGCCCAGCAUUGAGCGAUAUCAGAUGCGUCGCCAACCGAGCAGUCAACACAUGAAUGGCUCUACACUGGGAGGCCAGCAACGGCGACCUAGUGUUAGUCACGGCCCACAGGAGCAUCCUCUUGAACAGAAUAAUGGUUCCCGUGCCCCAGGCUACGCUCGUGCGAAUUAUCGAUACGAUGUACCAAAGCCCCACGGAGAUGCGUACGAAGAUCAAGAAAACAUGCCUCCUCCUACCUUUCGGCGCAACAAGGACCAGGAUUUCAAGUACCUGGGCAAGCCAACAAUGUCCGUAAUGUCAGAUGAUGAGAAGCCGGGACGAACGCACGUUGAGGAGACGCCAGUGGUAGUGUCUCAGCAGGAGCCACGACGAGCAUUAGGCGCCAUCAGUGGCAAUACACCUCAUCGAGUCGCACCUGCGCCACCGCCAAAAAUGAGUGUGCUGGACGCUGCGACGGCCACUGCCGGUGCCAGCACGACCAAGACGAGGAAGAAACGUAACCAUAUCGUGGUCAAGGGCAAGAUCUUCACGCAGAUGGGCAGGAUCGGUAAGGGCGGCUCCAGCGAAGUUUACUGUGUGAUGGCAGAGAACUAUAAGACAUUCGCGCUGAAGCGCGUGAAGUUGGAAGACUGCGACGAGACAGCCGUACGUGGUUACAAGGGCGAAAUUGACCUUCUGAAGAAGCUUACCGACGUCGAGCGUGUGGUGCGUCUUUACGACUGGGAGCUUAAUGACGAGAAGAAGGAGCUCUUCGUUCUCAUGGAGAAGGGCGACACGGACUUCAAUCGCAUUUUGACGCUUCGAUUGAACGGCACCGAGGCUCGGUUUGACAGUGUCUUCACACGCUAUCACUGGAAGGAGAUGCUGGAGUGCGUUCAAGCUGUCCACGACCACGACAUUGUCCACUCCGACCUGAAACCUGCGAACUUUCUGCUCGUCCAAGGGCGGCUAAAGCUGAUCGACUUCGGGAUAGCGAAUGCCAUCGACACCGACAACACCUGCAAUGUACACCGAGAUUCCCAUGUGGGCACGCCCAAUUAUAUGUCACCCGAGAGUAUCACCGAUACCAACGCAUCCGGCAGAGAUGAAGCAGGAAGGCCACUGAAGAAAGACAUGCGUAUUGGCAAAGCGUCAGAUGUCUGGAGUUUGGGAUGCAUCUUAUAUCAAAUGGCAUACGGCAGACCACCUUUUGCGCAUAUUGGGAACCAGAUCUCCCGAAUCAUGGCGAUUACGAAUCCGAAACAUGUUAUCGAAUUCCCUGAAUACGGAGUCGGCGAUGCUCCUAUCCCUUCUACGCUGCGAGGCAUCCUACGGAGAUGCCUUAAUCGAGACCCCGGGAAGAGACCUCUCAUCAAGGACAUGCUUUCGGAGAAUGAUGCCUACCUCAAUCCUGAAGGCACCGGCAAUGCUGUUCUUAUGGACGAGGCACUGCUUGGCCAGAUAAUCAAUAAGGUCCUUGACCGUUGUCGGGACCCUAAUCGCGGGAUACCGAGUGCGGAUGAAGCACAAUUAUACCCGAAGAGUUUUAUGACCAAGAUUCGGGAAAUGCAAGAGGGACGAUGACAGUGGGGUGGGAGUUGAGAAGACUUGCAUUCUUUUACUCUCGACGUCGCGCAGAAGAAUUUGUUGCUUUGAAAAUGGAACCAGACCUGAAUCGUUCUCUCGGCUUGUACGAUCAACCUAAGUGUUUGGGAUAGAUACCAGUUGAUUUUGUUGCCUUCUUGAAUAGAGGAGUGAGCACAGCGAAGGACGACUUCGUACCGUACCGUCCCAUCUAGUGUGUAAAGAAGACAGGAGACAGCUCCUUUUAUGAUGA